AUGAAGUACCCGCUCGACGACAACUUCUUCCGUGUCCCGCCACUGUCGCCGGCGUCGCGCCAGAGCUUCUUAGACCAAGGCGACAAGAUCCUCCGGACGUUUCUCGACAAGACGCUCAAGCGCGACGAGUCGAUGCGAUGGUCGUUCGUCGGCGAGUACGACGGUGUCCGCCUCCUCGAAGGCGACAUUCCAGGCCUCAAGCUCGACAAAAGCAUCACGCCCUUCCGCGCAGUCACCAAGAUCCACGCGACGCUCGAAGAGAUUGCCGAGAUGCACGCGUGCGCCACGCGCGCCCAGUGCAAGCGCUUCAUCCGCAACUACGCCGAUGACGUGCUCGACCUCAUGACGCUCCACAACCUUGUCGAGCGCAGCACCGCCCACCCGCUCAAGCAGGUGUACGUCAAAUGGACCGUGUGCGAAAGCCCAGUACCGAUCAUCAAGGACCGCGACUUUGUCUACCUCGAGUCGCAGGACCUCUUCAAGCUCUCGAGCGGCCGGCGCGGCUGGGCGCUGUGCCAGAAUUCGAUCGAGUUGCCGUACGUGCAGUCGCUUCAGAAGACGCCGCUCCAGGCCGUGCGGGGGACGCUCAACCACACGGGCUCGGUGUACAUCGAGACUGACACACCGGGUGUCCUCGACGUCAUCUACCACAUCUCGACCGACAUGAAGGGCAACAUCCACCACUGGGUCCGGAAGCAGGCCAUGAAGCGCCGCGCACGGCACGUUGCCGCGCUCAACGACUUUGUACACCAAGCACGCCUCGCGAGCGUCGCGCUCAAGUCGAAAGCCGAGCUGUACACACCGUCGUCGGCGGCGACAACGAUGGUCGUGCACAACUGCAGUCUCUGCAUGCGCGAUCUCUCGCGCGCCCGGUUUUGCCAAUCGUGCGCCGAGCCGGUGUGUAGUCGUUGCAGCCGCAAGUGGCGCCUCCCCAACGCGCCGGCCGACCAACCCAGCGUCCGCAUCUGCAACGUGUGCUCGUCGGCUGUCCGCAGUGGCCGACUGACAUCCGACGACGGCCACUCGAGCGCGCCGUCCGAGGUGUCGUCCGCUGGCAGCGACGUCAAGGCACGAAAGCACUCGUCGGUCGCCUCGGACGUGGCGUCGGUCGUAAGCGCAACCGAUGCCAAAGCUCGCAAGAGCUCCAUGCCCGUCGAGCAGACGUCUGGCGCGACCACCGUCGUCGCGCCUCGUCGUCGCACGGUCGAUCCGGUCGAAAUGACACCGACCAAGACGACGGCAAAGACCAAGACGACCGAUCCGUUGCGAAUUGACGAAGACACGAUGGAUCUCUCGUACCUCAAGCUCUACGAGGCGCAGGGACCGGCGCCGAUUGGCAACGUGCACCCGCAGGCGCUGAUGCGACCGGAGCCGUCGACAUCGUCGUUUGUGAUGAUGGAACCGACGGUCGAGUUUGACGAAUUCGACGACGACGACGCCAGCGGCGUGUCGACGCCGGGGUCCCGACACGGCAGCAUGGACUUUGACGACCCGGCGUUCGCCAAGUUUGUCGAUCACAUUACACAGGCGCCGAUGCGACAGAGCCUUCGCAUCGCGCACGAGUUGUCGCGGUAG